AUUAAAUAUUGGUUGAUGAUGAACGGAGGGCAAGAUUGAUGGUGAGGACAAAGGCCUAAACCUAAACCCCAUGGAUCGGGUCCUCCCUUUGCUCCUUCUGCAAUAGCUCCCUGGAUUCCAGCUUUCCGAGAUUUUACCGAUGGCUAUCGCCUGUGCUCAUUGAUGGCAAAGUGGAAAUAACGCAAAAAGGAGGCUGAAAAGGAGGAAGAGAGGAAAGUUUCCAUUUUGAUGGGGUGCAUGAAUUGAGGCCUCACGGCUCACACCCUUCUCCUUCAUCCAAUUCCCACCCCCAAUCCCAGCCUCUGUUAUUGCUUCUUGCCCUAUUUGACCUCCGCUCCUCAUUUAUAUUCUCUCUUCUUCCAGCCUUCAUCCUCGCCCCCCGCCUCUCUCUCUCUCUGUCGCUAUUCCGUCCAAAGUUUUCAUCUUUGUAUCUGUUUCAUCCAAAGUUUACAUCUUGGCCUCUCCCUGCACCGUGGUGUUCGCUUUUCGACCCUCUCCGGGUUCUUUGGCCGUCCCCCGCAAGUUCUCCGACAAGCUUUGGUCGUCUUGGUAUGCUUUGACUUGUUGCGGGGUGGUAGAGGUUUGCUUCGAGACCAUGACGGUGGAGGAGAGGAAGGGGAGCAGAGACCAGUUCCCGGUGGGCAUGCGUGUUCUUGCGGUGGAUGAUGAUCCCAUCUGUCUCAAGUUGUUGGAGGCCCUGCUCGUCCGUUGCCAGUACAGUGUUACGACCACUGAUAAAGCAAUCACGGCACUGAAGCUGUUAAGAGAGAACAAAGACAAAUUUGAUCUGGUUAUCAGCGACGUUCAUAUGCCGGAUAUGGAUGGCUUCAAGCUCUUAGAGCUCAUAGGCCUCGAGAUGGACCUGCCGGUUAUUAUGUUGUCUGCAAAUGGUGAAACCCAAACUGUGAUGAAGGGAAUCACUCAUGGUGCUUGUGACUACCUGCUGAAGCCUGUGCGGAUCGAGGAGCUGAGGAACAUAUGGCAGCAUGUCAUCAGGAGGAGGAAGUUUGAAAGAAGAUGCGACAACGAUCCCGACAGUAGGGAAGAUGGUCAAAAGGCUCAUAUUGGAAGUUCUGAAGAUGGUCAGGGGGUCGCUGAUCAUAAUGGACAAAGUAACAAGAAGAGGAAGGAUCAGAUUGAAUUCGACGAAGAUGAUAGUGAAGACAACAUGCAAGAGAACGAAGACCCAUCUACCCAGAAGAAGCCUAGGGUUGUUUGGACUGUUGAGCUGCACAGGAAAUUUGUUGCUGCUGUCAACCAACUGGGUAUCGACAAGGCUGUGCCUAAGAAAAUACUUGAUCUUAUGAAUGUUGAAAAGCUGACAAGGGAGAAUGUUGCAAGCCAUCUACAGAAGUACAGACUCUAUCUGAAAAGGCUCAGUGCAGUGGCAGGCCACCAAGCUAGCUUGGUUGCAGCUGUUGGAUGUAGAAACCCUUCCUAUCUUCAUAUGUCUUCUUUAAGUGGUCUCAGAAAUUACUCUACGCUGGGUGGAUCAAGACAACUGCCGACCCUCGGAUCUCUUCAACUGAAUGGGCUCGGUAGAAUAAAUGGUCCAUCGACACUUGGAAUGCAUGGCCUGCUGCCUUCUCAGACAGUUCAGCUUGUUGGUUUGCACAAAAAUGCAAGCAAUCCAUGUGAUGAUAUAGGGAAGAUCCAAAGGAUCGCUUUACCUGGAAAUCAUCAAGUGAAUUUGCAUCAGGGGAUGCCCAGGAAUUCAGAGUUAGAGCAAUUUCAACAACCUUUGUUAAUGCAGGAAUCAAAAGACCAUUUGCCUGCGAGCUUAUAUGGCAAUGGGCUUGCAUCUGGUCCUUGCAGUGGUUCUUUUCCUAAUGUUCCUGACAACGCUCUGUUACUGCAAGAAAAUAAGCAGCGCAAUCAACCUGGAGGAUUAGGCAAACCUUCAUCAGUUAGAAUGUCUUCCUCAAGCUCAGAGCUUUAUACGAUUGAUCUUCCAGAUGUUUCACAGUUUCCUAAUAUCACUGAUAGAUGCAAUGACUCAUGGCAGGGUGCUGUUGGAUCAACCGAGUAUUCUACGAAUACACUGCAUAUCUCUCUUAGUCAUAAUGAUUUUUCUCCUGGUAAUAUUGGAGGAAAAUUUUCUUCAAUGAAUUCACAUGCAGCCACCAAAGCUCUUGAUGAAUCUCCAAGAGUCGCAGCUGGUAGUGGUGGACAAAACCGAGUUCGUCCACUUAAUGAGAACACAAUAGCUAUGCCUGCAGGUGUUAACAAGGAUCCCAAGUUCUCAAACUUCAAUGUAAUAGGCAACUCUGGACAGAAAUGGGAUUAUACCUUUAAUUCAAAUGUCAUUUCAAGUACUUCAUCAAAUUCUUUGUUGCCCAAUCUUCGGAUUACUGAUGCAGCUACUCAGUGUCAGACACCAGGAAGUGUCUUUUCCAACAAAAGGUUGGAUGUUGAUGCAAUAGGCCAAGUACAUUUUGGUCCUCCACUGGUCACACAGAAUUGCAUCAUUGAUAAGUCAACUGGUGAUAGUCAGCUGAACUUUAGGAGUGAAUAUGCACUGGAGACGACGAGUCUGCAGAGUGGUCUAAAUUCUGACGGUUGCAGUUUUGAUGAUCUUGUGAAUGCUAUGAUUAAGACAGUGGAUGUUGCUCAUUAUUCUUUGGGUUAAAUGACCAUGUUGGCACACCUCUUCCACGGCUUUGUCAUUCCGCUACCCAUUCUCGUGAUAGAUAUGCAAUAAUAUGUGGUCACUGUGUGGUUACUUUCAAGGACAUUGAGACAAAGGCAAUUAUUACAUUGAACAUUAUGAUAUCUGAAUAAUUAGAUAUUCAAAAUUGGAAUAUGGUGUGGAAUGAUAGGUCAAUAUUAUUGAAGGCCGAUUUCCAGAUGGAUUUGUGUUCUUUAUCAAAAAGGGUACCGGCAUCACUAGGGUCAAUUCUGAUGUCAAAUGAGGCAAAUUGCUUAUUCUGUAUCUACCAGAAUACUAAACAUUGCAAAUGAGGCAAAUGCUGCUCUACCUUCCUAAAUUAAGGUCACUUCUCAUCUGUUGAGAAAAACAGCUGCAGAUACAUCCUGACCACUUUCUCAUACUGCAGUACCUGCUGCACCGCACGAUUGGGGGAUUAAAAUAUAAGCUUUGUUGACAUAGAAACUUAGUCAUGUUCUGCGAUUUUGAUUCUUAAUAACAUUGUUCCGGCUGUAAGUAUCUUGAUUGAACAGUUGUUGCUACUGGGUGCUAAUCCAUGUUUUUCUUCUUAUGCAUCAAACUUUAUGAUAAAAGAAAACGAGCGACUCUAUAGACAUGGUAUGACUAUGCUCUUCAUGUUGUUCAUCAACACCAAUUUCAUCGUUAUUUUUUUUCCUUUGAAACCUUUUUUAUGUUUGACUUAUGGAUAACUACGGAUUGUGUAGCGCAUUGUAUCCAUGUUAUUUUCAGUGUUAAGAUCCUCCCGCUUGUCUAAUUUCGUUG